UAUCCGGAAAUAUAGCGGUUGAAUCUCACAGAAAAUUGGCAUCAUUUUUAUCAUUCUCUCCUUGUAAGACGUAGUUUUUUUACGUUUUGUUGACAUCUCCCCAUAGGUCUGUUUUUCUGUCUCAUUUGGGCUUAGUGAGACAACUACUACAUGAUAACCCACCAUGACUGACUUGAAGCAGUUUCUAUACGCCUGGCUAGGCAAGAGAAAAGUUGGACCGCCAAAUUAUGAAGUGCGACCAUCUGGUCCAAAGCACAGGCAGAGAUUUAUGUGUGAGGUUCGCGUGGAAGGUUAUGACUAUGUCGGCGCUGGUAACUCGACGAGUAAAAAAGAUGCCCAGACGAAUGCUGCCAAGGAUUUCAUGCAGUACCUCGUUCGUAUGAACCACUUAAAGGAAGAGGAUUGUCCGGAUCUCAAUCAGCCAUUAAUGCCGACUCCAGAUAAUAACAGUGGAAUGUCUGGUGGUGGCUCAAUGCUGCCCUCUGGUUCUAACCUGCCGCCCCAUAUGAGCCUGGGUGGAGAUAUGGGCAAUAGUGAUGGAGGAGGGGGCGCUCGAGGAGGGCCAGGAUUUGGGCAAGGAGGGCGUGGAGGCUUUGGGCACGGUGGUGGAGGUGGGUUUCCAUUCAGAGAUGAGGCUGCAGACAGGAGAAAUGUGGAAGAUGCUGAAGAUGCCGAUAUGAAUGCUGAUCUCCAUGGCAAUUGGACGGUUGAGAACGCAAAGAGUCGUCUACAUCAGUACCUACAGCAAACAAAACAGUCGAGCGUUGAUUAUAAAUAUAGCAUGGUGGGGCCGGAUCACAACAGGAGCUUCAUUGCCGAGAUGGCUGUCUUCUGUCGGAAGUUAAACCACAAAAUUUCCUCACGAGAACAUGGCUCCAAUAAGCAAGUGGCCUCGAAGAAUUGUGCGCUUUCGUUGGUUCGUCAGAUGUUCCAUUAUGGAGUGAUUGAAGCAUUCACUGGCAUUAAGAAGAAGAAAGAUCAAGAACAGCUUCCUGAAAUCGAGGUCGCCGUUGACCCAGACCUCGUGCAGCAAAUCGAGUCCUGCCUGGAAGCCAUGGAGUUAACUCCAGCACCAGCACCCUCGGAAGGCUCUGAACCGGUCUCGUUAGUCCUUGAUCAGGUAACACAACGCUUUGAGGAGGGGAAUCGUCAGCGUGGUGGUGUGGUGUCCUGGUCUCCACCGCAGCAGAAUUGGAACCCGUGGACAGCCUGUAAUAUUGAUGAAGGACCCUUGGCUUAUGCUACAGUGGACCAGGUGAGCCAAGACCUCCAAAAUGAAAUGUCAAACCGUCUGCAGAACGACAACCGCCUACAGAAGAUGGUGUCAGAGCGUGCUGGCCUACCUGUCCAUAAUUCUAAGGAUGAAAUCCUCGAGUCUGUUGCACAUAACCCAGUUGUGUUGAUCCGAGGUGAGACGGGUUGCGGUAAGACCACACAGGUGCCACAGUUCAUCUUGGAUGAUUACAUUGAACACGGACAAGGUGGAAACUGCAACAUCAUUAUCACACAGCCGCGUAGAAUCAGUGCUGUGAGUAUCGCUGAGCGUGUUGCGGAGGAGAGAGCUGAAGAUCUUGGUGUCAGUACUGGUUACAGCGUGAGGUUCGAGUCUAUCUUCCCACGGCCACUCGGAGGGAUGAUCUACGUCACUGUCGGCACCCUGUUGAGGAAGCUGGAGGGGGGUCUCCGAGGCAUAUCGCAUGUGAUUGUCGAUGAAAUUCACGAGAGGGAUAUCAAUACUGAUUUCCUGCUCGUAUUGCUGAGGGACAUGGUGAACAUGUACAGCGACCUGAGGGUGAUCCUUAUGUCUGCUACGGUCGAUGUCACACUUUUCCAAAACUACUUUGGGGCUUGUCACGUUGUGGAGCUUCACGGACGCGUCUAUCCAGUACAAGAUUAUUUCCUGGAGGACUGUAUCCAGAUGUUGAACUUUAUGCCCCCACCGCCGCUCAAGAAGAGGAAGGACCGUGAUGAUGAUGAGACUGGCAAUGAGGAUGGUGGAGAGGAGAACUGCAACAUGAUCAUCAGCAACGACUACUCUGACAGCACCCGGCGUGCCAUGGCCAUGUUGAACGAGAAGGAGCUGUCAUUUGAGCUAAUUGAGGCCAUAUUGAAGUACGUUCAGACUCUGAAUGUCCCUGGAGCAGUUCUGAUCUUCCUGCCAGGAUGGAAUCUCAUCUUCGCUCUCCACCGGCAUCUCACCAUGCAUCCUAUCUUUGGUGGCUCACGCUAUCGUGUGCUGCCCCUCCACUCGCAGAUCCCUCGCGAGGACCAGCACAAGGUGUUCCAGCCUGUACCCGAAGGUGUCAUGAAGAUCAUCCUGUCCACUAACAUUGCUGAGACGAGUAUCACCAUCAAUGAUGUUGUCUAUGUGAUUGACUCUUGCAAAGCCAAGAUAAAAUUGUUCACCAGUCACAAUAACAUGACCAACUAUGCCACUGUGUGGGCAUCUAAGACCAACCUUGAGCAGCGACGCGGCCGUGCUGGUCGUGUCAGGCCGGGCUUCACCUUCCAUCUGUGCAGCAGAGCUAGAUAUGAUAAGCUUGAGCAGCAUCAGACCCCAGAGAUUUUCCGCACUCCUCUUCAUGAGUUGGCACUUUCCAUCAAGCUCCUUCGUCUCGGCUCAAUCAGGAUAUUCUUAUCAAAGGCUGUUGAACCACCUCCUAUUGAUGCCGUCAUUGAAGCAGAAGCGUUACUCCGGCAGAUGAAGGCACUGGAUAAAAAUGAUGAGUUGACGCCGCUCGGGAAGAUCCUGGCAAAGCUGCCAAUUGAACCUCGUCUUGGGAAGAUGAUCAUUUAUGGAUGCAUUUUCUUCUGUGGAGAUGCCAUGUGCACAAUUGCUGCAAGUACAACAUUCCCCGAACCGUUCAUCACCCCGACUGACCGCCGACGUCUUGGCUGGGUCCACAAGAGUUUGGCUGGCUCGAGAUGCAGUGAUCAUGUGGCACUGCUGAAUGCUUUCGGGUGUUGGGAGGAGGCAAGGACUGGUGGUGAAUCCUGUGAGCUACAGUUCUGUGAGCAGAAGUCGCUCUCAGUCCCCACGUUACGUAUGACGUGCGAGGCCAAGAACCAGUUGCGGGACAUCCUCAUCAUGAGUGGGUUCCCUGAGGAGGCACUCUCAGCGCAGUUCUUUAACUAUAAUGGACCUGAUAGAAAGCUCGAUAUUGUAAUCACACUCCUUACCAUGGGCCUCUAUCCCAAUGUUUGUUACCACAAAGAGAAAAGAAAGGUUCUAACCAUGGAGAGUAAAUCAGCAUUGGUCCACAAGUCGUCGGUCAACUGUAACAACAGAGAGGUCAAAUUCCGCUCGCCAUUCUUUGUGUUCGGCGAGAAGAUCCGUACGCGUGCCGUCUCCUGUAAACAGAUGACGAUGGUGACACCGUUACAGCUGCUGCUGUUUGGAGCGCGGAAUGUCAAGUCGGAUGGGCAGGCCGUCUGUCUUGAUAGCUGGAUCAACCUCAAGAUAAACCACCAGCUGGCAGCGAGCGUGGUUGCCCUGCGUCCUGCCCUUGAAGGUUUGAUUGUCAAGUUCACAUCGGAGCCGGAGCUGGUAGCAGAGCCUGGGCUUGUUGAUAAACAGCUGAUGAAGGUCGUACAGACCAUGUCACAUCCUCAGGCUGGCAAGUUUGGCAUUACAGAUGAUUCCACUGAAGGAUCCGGUUAUAGUGGACAUCGUGGAUUCAGUCGAGGUGGAAGUUUUGGAGGAGGUGGAGGAUUCCGUGGUGGCAGAGGUGGAGGUGGCUACGGUGGUGGUGGUGGUAGUGGCUAUCGAGGCGGUGGUGGAGGUGGUUACCGAGGAGGCAGUGGAGGCGGCUAUCAUGGAGGCAGUGGUGGUGGUGGUGGUGGUGGUGGUGGUUAUGGCCGUGGAGGAGGAUAUGGCCGCGGAGGAGGCUAUGGAAGGGGAGGAGGUGGUUUUGGAGGAGGCCGAGGUGGUGGGGGAUAUCGGGGAGGAUAUUAAACACACCUCUGACCUAAAAAAACAAAUACACUUGUCUUUAGUUUGGUUGAACAUUCUAUGAGCGACUCAUUUGUCACCAACUAACAAAUUGAUUGAGAGUACAAAACUAUCCGAGCUGAAGAAGCCAAUUGACACUACAUAACCCUGGUGACACUCUGUCCAACGUGUCAGGAGACAUUGCACCUAACCGCCUUGUCCUUCUCUUCAAUUCAGAGGUCAAGAAGUUUCUAUUGUGCAGCAGCAUUAGGUUAUUUCAAACUUCUGCACUGAUCAGGGAUAGCUUAUUAGCAAUUCUUGUUAAUCAAAUAAUUGUCAAAGAAUAAAAAAGAAUAUCAGUGAAACGUGGUAAAACGAUGUUGUACUUGUUCGUCAUGUGAGAAGUGAUCAACUCGAGUCAUUAUUAAAUAAAUGUAAACAAACUUCUU